CAAAGCAAAUUGUUCUUCAAGAAGAUUGAACAACUGUUCGAAAAGGACUACACUUCUUUUGAAUGUCCGGAAAAUGCAGCCACUAUCUUUCAGUGUGCGCACUGUGACCGGAUACUGACAAAGACAACAGCGUGCACAGUUCCAUGCUUACCUUGGCGUCGUCUGGUAAGCCAAUCUGGGGAUCUUAUCCCCAUACACAAACCACUGCCAACAGCAGCCAGUUUGUCUCUGAAGAAAUCAAUGCCCCUUCGACGAUCAUCCUCCUGUACUCUUCUGGGCGCACCCACUACUCCUUCACAUACCGAGAUUGCGUCCCAAGAAGAGCGCGGAACAACGAAAUGUCGUACAAUGUCACGAACUCCUACAUUUUUGUCUCCGAACUUUCCAAUUCGAGCUCAGAGUGGUAGCAGUUGCAGCCUGUCUGCUGCAACUGUUUCCGAGGACCAGCGAAUUUUUUGUGUUACUGAGCUAUUAGCUGGUUGGUUUCGGGAAUUGAAAAGCUGGCGCCUGGUCUACUGGCGUUUAUGGGCCACCAUAAACACACAAGGCUGCUAUCGAAACGAACAUAUUUUGGAUGAAAGGGACAAAGAACUGGAAGCGGUGACCCGUUUAACUGUACAGCAUCGAGAUCUAUUCAUAUCCUGGGCUCCAAAAAGGUCGUUCAAUCCCAAAAAUGCUCCGGGUUUGAUGGCGGUUGGUGGCUACGAGCUCCCCGUUCCUGAUGCUGACCAAGUUCGAUGGCAAUUUGAGUUGUUCACGACCACACCGGCCUUUUUGCUUCUCGCUUGUCUGGACAGAUCCGAGGACAUUGGGAAAGAUCAGCUAGGUGUGACCGAGGUUGGUAAUCAGGUGGUUUUUCCAACAGUAGAAAUUCCUGGUGGACAAAUGCAGAUGACAUCCGCCCAUCAUGAAGAGCACGACAAAAAGACAUUAAUAACUCCCGCCAACGGAAUAUUGUCUUCAACUUUGCCUGAAUCGGGUUGGGAUGCAAUGAAGUGCUGUCGAAGCAAUCAGGAUAGCCAGAGGCAAGGCGACCUUCAUCGGAUGCACAAGCUGGCAGAGUUCCUUUAUUCGCAACGCAAGGCGGUUGGGUCGUGUGAGGACAAGGUGGUCCCAAAAGAG